UGCCACAAAGCUUGGAAUACAUUCAUCCAUGUGUCACACCCACCCAUUUUACCUUCUUCCCGAAAUCUUCGGCUAAUUUCCUUCAGAAACAUCGGAGGGGGAAAACAGGGGUCACCAGCUUUCUUUGCUUCAACAAGAUUCCAUCCCCUCCUUGUUAUUGGUGGAUGGUGGGGUUUUCAACUAACAUAUACCUCUAUCAAGGACAUGGAAGCAGCGAUUGAGAGCCGAAAGCGAUUGACUGAAGCAACGUCCUCUGCCAUGGAUGGUUUGAAGGGGGACAGUUCUUGCCCAGAAAUGGAGUUUGAGAAUAUACCGUUUCCAAAGAAAAUUGUGGAAUGUAGAAUAUGCCAGGAUGAAGAUGAAGACUCGAACAUGGAAACACCUUGCUCGUGCUGUGGCAGCCUUAAGUAUGCACAUCGAAGAUGCAUACAGAAGUGGUGCAACGAAAAGGGUGAUACAAUUUGUGAGAUAUGCCGCCAGCAAUUCAAACCAGGUUACACAGCUUCUCCUCCAUUAUUCGAAAUGGGGCGUAUUCCAAUGAGCUUCAGGGGGAACUGGGAGAUUUCUCGAAGGAACUUGGAUAGUUCUAGCUAUAUAGCAAUGGUUUCUUCAAACCGCAAUGUUGUUGAUACCGACUAUGAUGAGUUCUCAGAUUCUGCUGCAACCAGCGUGCUAUGCUGCCAUUCGUUUGCUAUUGUUUUCAUGGUUCUCCUGGUUUUGAGGCACUCUCUUCCCCUCAUAUUCAAUGAAACCGGUGGUUACUCUUUCCCUCUGCUUCUGUCGAUUUGCCUGCGAAGUUUACUGAUCUUUCUACCAAUAUACGUUAUGUUCAAAGUAGUCUCUGCAGUUCAUCGCCGUCGACUUCUCGUAAGCCUGGCUACAUCUUCUAGUUCAUCCAUUCAUUCAACCAGCAUAGUUAGGAGUUCGACAUCCGUAUCGUCCCAACCUCAGCCUUACAUUAUCCGCGUUCGGUCAGUUUCAUAGCAGCAGAAGGUCUGAGAAAUUGGACUGCGAGCUGAAGAAUGGUGUUGGUAUGGGGGGGAUACAUGGCAGUAGGCUUUGCUUUGUGUAUAGAUGGGUAUAGAUGUUUGAAGUCGUUAUGCAGUUUAGUUUAUUAAAUGAUUGGUUUGUGUUAGAAAUUCUUUGUACAGAAAAGAAAUGAAUGAAUGAUAUAUGCACAUAAUAUG